AUGUAUGGGCUUGAGUGGGGGCUGACUGGGGUGGUGGCGGAGGGGUUGGCGCAGGCGGCUGUUCAUAGGGAUGAUCUCAGGGAGUUUUUGUUGACUGCUGAAGAAAAGGGACGGGGGCGGGAAGAAGGGGAGACGGUGCUGGGGUUGUUACGGGAGGCGGAGGGACUGAAAGGGGCGGCGAGGUCGGAGGAUGGGAAUAAGAUCCGGGAUGGGGUUUUGGUGCGGGCAAAGGGGGAGAUGGUUGACUUGGCUGGGAGGGUCAAGGUGGAGGAGGGGGAGGUGGAGGGGAGGACGAGGGAGAUGUUUAAUGGGGCGGUUUAUGUCGCGGCUGGGGCGGCGGUGAGCAUGACUGACCAAAAAAAGGUGCCGAAGUUUGAUUUUUUUCUGAUGCACCAUGUCAACGCGGCGCCGUUUUUUGUCACGAUGAACAAGAUGGAUUGGGUGCCGGAGAAAACAAAAAGGAGGUUGUUGGAGUGGAAGAUUAGGAUGGAUUUGUUGCAGUAUGUGGCUAGGGGGUGUCCUGAGUUGAGGGUGGAAAGGUUGGAGGGGUAUGAGCCGAAGCAGCCUGGAAAGGCGAAGAUGGUGGAGGAGAUUGUGAGUAGGUUGCAUGGGUUUGGGGAUGAUGGGCAUGCUAUCAAGCUGGGGAGGGCGACGGUGGUUUGUAGGAAUAUUUGUCGGGAGUAUGAAGAGAAAGAAGGGUUCAUGAUUAAAGGAGGGUUAUGGGAGAAGAUAUGCCACUUGAUUGUUGACUCGGUUGAGGCGCCGGGGGAGCAUUGGGUGAGGAGUGCCGGGUUUGAGGAGGCUUGGAAGGUAUGUCUCUCAUGUUUCCCUUUCCGAGAGAAGGCAGGCUAA